GCGGCAGUUGGUGCUUGUACUCGGAGUACGAAGUUGGUGUGCCGACUAUCCUGAAGAAACUCGCGAUUUUCCCCCGCCAUGUCGCCCAAAAGGACACUGAAGAAGAUGAAGUCGUCCCUGUCUGUGUCUACGUUGAAAGAGAAAACUCGCCGAGGUCUGAAGCGGCUCACGAGUAGGGGCGUCGUCAAAAGUGGAUCCCCGACUACCGCUGCGUCAACCGCGAAGUCUUACAGUCCUGCUGUCAGGAAUCCCCGUGCCCGCAGUGACGAGAACACCCCAGUCCGGUCGAAUGUCAGAAAGACGAAACCCAGGAGCGCGAGAAAAUCAAACGACAGAACUCCGAAUCCCAAGGAAACCGAAUCGCCGGCUAGAAUCCGCAUGGCGAGGCGCAGAGUGCCGGUUUCUAUGGCGUCCGCUCUUCAAGAGGUGAAGGGCAAUCUCACGAAAGCGGUCGAAAACGUGUCCACCAAGCUGAAGAUGACGAGACGCCGAAGCGUUCGCAAGACUCUCUACGACCCUCUUGUAGGCGACACGCCGGUGAAAAUGUAUUCGCCAUUCUCUAUCGAAACUCCGGACAGCGUCCAGGGCAAACGUGCGGCUCGGUCAAGCCGGCGUUCGGCUGGGAACACGCCGAACUUUAAGAAGGGCACCCAAACAACUCGAAAGCUCCUGCUGGAUACUCCCACUGGAAAGUUCCGCCAGGAUCUUGAAGACGUCACGCGUGGCUUCGAAGAACUCAAUUCGGUUACCCGUAGUAUCCGAGACCGUUCUCGACAAGAGCACAAUCAAUUCUGAGGCAUCUUUGCGACUCUCUCGCGGCAGCUCGCGACAAAUCGUCUCCGGAAAGAUCUGUACAUCCAGCCGGACCGGGGCACAACUUUAUCUCUAAUAUAAACUCGGCAUUCGUUUCGACGGUCCUUAGGAACUGGGCCUACGAUCAUGAGCCGAGCUCUACCAGCACCCAGGCGCUAGCCCCGUUCUGCUAUGCUGCCGAGGAUCCGUAGGAAUUCGAAAGACUGUAUUUGUCAUCUGCGAAACAAGCGAUUUCGUGAUUGAUUCAGCUCGCCGGGCAGGGUAAACUCAUCAGAGGAGGAUUAACUUCGAAUACACAUUCUCGCUCGGGAAAGUAAACCGGUUUUCAACAGUAUGCAACGAACAAUACAAAAAAUGCAACAUGACGCGGAAGGGGGAAUCAUG